GGGUGCUUCCAGGUUAUGUGGCCCAGAUUAGUAGCCAACAAGAUCCUUAGAAAGAGAUUAGGAAGCUACAAGUUUGUCGCAGAUUUUCUAAGCAACAAAGAAACCCUGUUGGAAAUUCCAAGCCUAGAUCAACCAUCCUUGAGUCCCAACACCAUAUUCAGUCAUCAUAAGGAUACACAGAACUACAGGAUUUUUGUUUGUACUUGGAAUGUUGGAGGGGUUGCGCCACAUGAAGAUUUGGAUAUGGAGGUUUUGCUAGAUACAGGCAAUACCUCCUGUGACAUCUACGUUCUUGGGUUUCAAGAAAUUGUGCCCCUGAGCACGUCCAACGUGUUAGGAUCAGAAAAUAGCAAGAUUUCCAUGAAAUGGAAUUCCCUGAUUAGAGAAGCUCUGAACAAGAAAACAGGCUGCCGAGACAAAAUCCAACAUUCCAAUGAAGAUGGAAAGUCAUCAAUUGAAAACAGCAUCCCGGUGCAAGACUUUCAGUGUAUUAUAAGUAAGCAAAUGGUUGGGAUACUAAUCUCGGUAUGGGUUCGAAGCUAUCUUCGUCCUUAUAUCCAAUAUCCAAGUGUUUCAUGUAUAGGCUGUGGAAUCCUGGGCUGCCUAGGAAAUAAGGGUUCAGUAUCAGUUAGAUUUCGAUUGCAUGAAACAAGCUUCUGCUUUGUUUGCAGCCAUCUAGCUUCUGGGGGUAGAGAAGGGGAUGAGAAGCUUAGAAACUUCAAUGUUUCCGAAGUAUUGUCCCGAACAAGUUUUCCUAGGGGCCCUUCACUUGAUUUCCCAAGAAAGAUCCUAGACCAUGAUAUGGUAAUUUUGCUUGGAGAUUUGAACUAUAAAAUUUCCCUACUAGAAUCAUGUGUUCGACUCUUAGUGGAAGGAAGAGAAUGGAAUGCCUUGCUGGAAAAUGAUCAGCUAAGGAUGGAGCUGAUGAAUGGUCAAUUUAAAGGUUGGCAUGAAGGAUCAAUCACAUUUGCUCCUACUUACAAAUACUGUCCGAAUUCUAACGUAUACUAUGGAUGUUCUCAACAAAGCAAAAAAGGCAAAAAGAAGCGUGCCCCAGCAUGGUGUGAUAGAAUAAUCUGGUACGGGAAGGGAUUAAAGCGACAUGUAUAUAACAGAAGUGAAGAAAAUUUCUCUGAUCAUAGACCUGUCAAGGCAAUAUUUACUGCUGGAGUUGUGGUUUUACAUUCACUGAAACAAUUUCAAAGCUUUUUAUUAUCAGACAGGUUUGACAGAAUUACAAGCUAUUUGGAUGGAGGCAUGGGUGAGCAGUUGGAUUUUUAUGGAAUAGUGGGAGAAGGCGAAUCCAGGGACAGGCAGGGCCAUCCUCCCCCCCUAAAUGUGAUGAUCCUUAAUAUGAAGCUUGUCCUUCCUUCCCAACUUGAUUCACCGAUUCAGCUCCUUUCAUGCGUUUGCUGGCUUCGCCUUGCUUGUAUGUAUGUCAUGGUGAAAAACAAAGAAAGGGAAGGGCUUGUAGCCAUCUCUGGUUCAUGCUUUGGCCAUUACUGUAUUGAAAUCAGUCAUCACUCAUCAACCUUGGCUAAGAAUUGGUUGAAAGAUCAACUUUUGGGUGUUUAA